AUGACAACGGCAGACCUUGAAACCGUCUCUCCGCCAGUUCAGGCAUGGCGACCAGAAGACACAGAAAAACCGACCCCCGAACGACCGUCUAUUGCUGGCAUUUUCCGACCUGAUAUCAUGGCUGUUAUUGAACAGAGAAUUGCCGAGUUGGAUGCAGAUUUAAGAGCUCUUAGUCUGGAUAUUCAUGAGCACCCUGAAAUAGGGUACGAAGAAAGACGAACACACGAUGUUCUUACUGAUUUCAUGGACAAACAAGGAUUCGAAGUAGAGCGACACUACCUUCUACCUAGUCAGACAGCGUGGAAAGCCACUUACAAACAUGGACGCGGCGGAAGAAUCAUUGGCGUCAACUCAGAGAUGGACGCGUUAAAGGGCAUCGGACACGGUUGCGGUCACAAUCUCAUCGCCAUUGUUGGAGUCGCCGUCGCGUGCGCUAUGAAGGCCGCCUUUGAAAAGUUCAAUAUAUCCGGUGCAAUUGAGCUACUGGGUACCCCUGCCGAGGAAGGUGGUGACGGAAAAGUUCACCUGCUGAAGCAGGGCGCGUACAAAAAUAUGGCUGCGUGUUUAAUGUGCCAUCCUGCUCCUGGUCCAAAAGGCUCCGUUAGUCUCAGUAGCUGUCUUGCACUACACCGCAUACAAGUCCAGUAUUUCGGUCACACAGCCCAUGCUGCUCUUUCUCCCUGGGAAGGCAUCAACGCGUUGGACGCAGCAGUAUUGGGAUAUAACAACAUAUCUGCUCUUCGGCAGCAAUUGAAACCAACUCAUCGCGUUCAUGGGAUAUUCCACGAAGGAAAAGAUUGGCAAACAAACGUUAUUCCUGACUUUGCGGAGUUUGUCUGUUAUGUCCGAGCUCCAACACGCGCCGAGGUGCAGACCACCUUGAAGCGCGUGUUACCCUGCUUCGAAGGUGCUGCUAUGGCUAGCGGAUGCACAAUCAAGAUCGAAGACUACGGUGCAACACACGACCUAAGGCAGAACAAAGCUCUCGGGGACGAAGUUGCCAAUAUUGUACGUAGCAGAUACGGGUCAAUUGAUUAUGAGUGGGGCAUUAAAAGCGCGUCAACAGAUUUUGUGAGUAUGCAGUAUUGCCUCCUACCAUCCUUGCACCCCGGUUUCGCGAUUCCUACAGAGGAAAACGGCGGAAAUCAUACACCAGGAUUCACCAGAGCUGCGGCAACAAUUGAGGCGCAUUAUGCUUGUCUGGAUGUUUCCAAGGCAUUGGCCGCCACAGGCGUGCGCGUGGUUAUCGAUGACAGAUUUUUCAAACGGGUCCGAAAUGCAUUCGAGGAGGAUAAGAUCAUUCGGGAUAUGAUCGUGUAG